AUGUCAACUGGUAUGUGUCUCGAUUCCUGUCUAAAAGAUAUACAGCCAAUCUUCUACUACGGAGCAGUUGAUAGUCAAUUACUAUACCAACUCGAGCCCGAGGACGAUGCUGGGGACGUGUCUACAAAUAGCGCGUCCUCCGUGUACCCGUCGCCUUAUGAAGUCGACCUGGUCAAUUUGCCUCCCAUGACUUUCAAGCCAGGCAGGCGCACAGAUGAUUUCGAUGACUUCGGUUCUUCUGAGGUAGAUAGCGACGAAGAGAUAGACGGAAGAAACAAGGUACUGUAUCUUUCGAGCUUUACGCUUUUGCGGCGUUUUCAGCUGAUUUCCGUACAGCCUCUUCCAGCCCCACCUGCUUCUACAACAUUGUUGUCACCAGAAUCUCAUGGACUUCUCGCGUCCAAUUCGCCGUCUAACAUCUCUCAUAUCCCCAAUUUCUCCACGUCCACCGUAUCGUCUUACACGACGGCUAGCUCGACGUCUUCCGUUCCAGUCACUCCGAUCACCCCAAACACUCCCGUUACGCCUUUUCUCUCGACGUCUCCUGUGUUUCCAAGCUCAACCUCUUUGUCGCGUGCUUCCUCCUUUUCGCGGACGCAGUCGCCAACUGUAGCAUAUUCUCAUUCGGGUCCUGGUAUCCGAAGUAGACAGCCUUCAAUCGUUUCCCUGGCUGGUGGGUACCAUCUACCGACUAUGGUCGCUGGUAAAAAUAGUCCUACCAUUGGCCACAAGUCGAGUUUGCCCCUUUUAAAUGACACCGACAUUGACGCGGAUGUAGACCCCGACGUUGACGGAUACUUCAGUAGAGUCAGUGGAGAGACGAAUAGACCAGCUGCUCGUCUGACCAGACAACCUUCCCUCGGUUCUCGUCCGGGCUUGGAUUUUCGCAUUCCACUUGGGUCUACUUUGUCUUCUCCGUUGGGCUCCGAAGCUCUUUCGGCGGGAGUUAUGCGGCGUUACGCAAGUGCUGGAAACCUGUUUUCCACUUCUCUAUCUAGGCCGGGUAGUUCUAACAGUGGUCAUCAGCACAGCUACUCCCAUCCGACGUCUUUCCCCACCGCAUCAGCUCCUCUAUCUCCUUACAGCUCUACCCCGUCACCUUUUCCAGAUCCUUCGCUUGAGAUCAUCCCUUCCUCUACGUACCGUGCAGGAUCCUCAGCAGCUCCAGCGAGUGAUUCACGCAAUCGGUCUCGAGCAGGUUCAACCGUUUUAAGGAAUGCGGUAUACAUUGAGGCCUUAGACUCGAGUGAGGUUGAACGUAGACUGCUCAAUCUCCCGUCCGUUUAUGACCGCGAUCAUUCCGAAAAAGAAUAUUCUGAUCCGUCCGCUUCCGAGAGAGAGCAGGACAAUAUCGAUUUUGAACAAUCAAAGUGGUCUCCAGCGUCUUCCGUGGUCGACUUACGGUCUCUGGGACCCAAGAUUUCUACUGAUGUUUCCUCGAAUCUGAACUGGGGACUCCCAAAAAUGAUGGGAGUUCAUGCCCCUCCACCGACGCCGAGCACUCCCUUCUCUGCAUCUCGUUCGGGCUCGUAUAUCGGUCUAGCAGACGCUGGUGGACUGAUAUCACCCACAGCAGAUGAUGUACCAAGGAGGAAUUAUCUAUCCUUGAAUAUCACCAAGCGAAAAAGUUUGAAUGCAGCAGCAUCGUCCAUUCCUAGCCCUUCUUCGCCAUCACAAUCACAAUCUGAUCCAAAGAAAUCUCAAGGUGAGGAUAUGUCGGUUCCUCCGGUAACACCAGGAAGACGUCAAAGAUUAGCCAGUUUUAUUGCCAGAAUGGCUGGAAAUACAGCUUCCCAGAUCCCUCCCGUGCCACUCGCUCCAUCUGCUUCAUUGCCAGUAUCACCGGCAAAUGCGGCUCCUUCCGCCCCUUCUGCUCCCCCUUCUCCGACCAAAUCCAGAACGACUCAAUAUCGCCCUGCCCCUCUCGACCUGUCCCUGAAACCUAAAAACUUUCCUACUAUAGAUUCAGGCUCAACGGCAGGCACGUCAGAGCCUUCUACUCCUGCAUAUUCCGGUUCUACAUCCAGCUGGAAUGAUGAUUCAGGCUCCGAGACCGAAACGGAGAAUGAAGAGGACAUGGAGGACAUGGACCCGGAUUUGAUUGCCGUUGCCGCUGGGCUUGAUUUACCGUCAGCUCCCAUCUCUCCUAGAACUCCAAGACCCAGACCGUCCUCACAAACCGGCAAAUCAGUAUCUGGCGAGCGCGGGAGUGAUUUUCCUUCGACGCCUACCGGUAUGGAUGACGACACCCAAAUGGUUAGGGGUAGUUAUGCUCAAGUGUAUGGAUUCCGAUUGCCCAAGGCGCCAUCCUCCCCACUAGCUGCUCAAAGUUUUACGUACCUUCCGUCGACGCAUUCGCAAAUUGAAUCUAGUGUUCCAAGAGGCGCAACACCAACUUUGGUUGGUACGCAGUCUCUGAUUGGUCCUGGUGACUUACCACCAAGUGUGGGGAGCCCAAAGACCCCCAGGAAUAGGAAGAUCUCCAUGAUCAAUACGAGCACAAGCACUACUGCUUCUGCUGUGUCUCAACCUCCAUCAUCUCCACCUCGGAUGCCUCCCUCCUCCCCUCCACGUCAAUUGCUCAAGUCGCCCAAUAAAGUUCCGAAGACCAAAGGCGGAAGAAUGUCUGGCCUGAUCUCGCGGUUCACCCUUGGUUCUUCCACUUCGUUGGCUGUCUCACCGCAUUCCAUGUCUCCAGAUUCUGUCCCUCCCGUUCCACCGCUAAACGUUGAUGAGCUGGGACAGGUUGUUUCUGAUCCAUUUGCUAAAGAUGAUUUGACUACCAUUAAUACAACCGCUCCAGCCAGGACUCUGUCUUCCGUGGAUUCCGUGACUCUAUCAAGCGUUCUCAACUCUCCAGUGGUUUUAUCUAAUGAGGUCAAUGCAGGAAUAAUUAUCACUCGGAGGGAGAGAAGUGGUACCACUGCUACCGCUACUUCUACAUUCAGUUCAUCGACCGCUGAUUCGAGUAAUUCUACGUCUAACUCUUCCCCUGAACGUCAAUCGCUUGCCAAGAAAAAGCGUCGAUCCCUUGGACUGACUCUGGGUACUGUCUCCAUUGGUAGCAUGGGUGGCAUGCGCUCCCCUACCAAAGGCAUUAAUCGAGGCAAAAAACGCAAAUUAGUGAUCAGCGGGAUAGAGUCGGAUGACAGUCGUGCCUAUCAAGCUGUGAAAAUCUGGUGCGAGAGUUUUGGAGAGUUGAAGAAGUUUGAGAGGCAGCCCAAUGGUGAUUUAGUUGUUGAUUGGAGAAAUAGAUCCGUCAGUGAUAUGGUUUGUCGUCUUCAAGCGAACGUAUCCAUCAAAGGCGCCGGCAGUGUCGCGAUAAGCUGGAUUCAAUCUUAA